AUGGGCGGCGGGGCUCGGGAGCUGGCCGGGUACCUGGCGGCCCUGGCCGGCUGGGUGGCAGCGCUGGCGGCCGCCGUGCUGCCGCACUGGAGGCAGAGCUCGUACGCCGGGGACGCCAUCAUCACGGCCGUGGGGCUCCAUGAGGGGCUGUGGAUGAGCUGCGCUGCCCAGAGCACCGGGCAGGUCCAGUGCCGCCUGCACGACUCACUGCUCUCGCUCGAAGUUCACAUCCAGACUUGCCGGGCUCUCAUGGUCAUUUCUCUCCUCCUGGGCUUCUUUGGCAUCAUCGUGAGCGUGGUGGGCAUGAAGUGCACGAAAGUUGGGGAGGAGGAUCCUGUCACCAAGAGCCGCAUAGCUGUUGCUGGAGGUGUCCUCUUUGUUCUCUCUGGUCUGUGCACAUUGGCUGCAGUGUCCUUGUAUGCAACACAGGUGACCUAUGAGUUCUUCAGAGAGAGCACCAUCCCCAUCAACGCUAGGUACGAAUUCGGCUCUGCUCUCUUCGUGGGCUGGGGGGCCGCCAGCCUCUCCAUGUUGGGGGGGUCCCUCCUGUGCUGCUCCUGCCCUGCCAAGGAGCGCCGAGGACAGCAGUACCACCGGCAGCCACAGCCCUCCACGGCCCGGGAGUAUGUCUGAGCCCAGCCCUGCCCUCCUGCUGCACAGUGCCUCUCUCCCUCCCAAAAAUAGGCAAGACCCUGGUGCUCCCACCCUGCCUGGACCCUGAAUGCCCCGUGAGACCUUUCUCCUCCUCAUCUUCCAGGUUUCAGCAGAGUUUUCAGUGCCAGCCUCUGAAAUAGAGGCUUUAAGUGUCACACCUCAGUGUUCUCAGCUGGGCGGGGUGGCACCCCCAGCCUGGCAUUGUGGUCAGGCUGAGUCUGUCCGUCUG